CCCCACCGCGGGAUGGGAGGGUGCGUCCCUGUGCGCGCGCGGCGGCCGCCCCGCGGACAUUAGGAUGUGUGCAUUUGCACGCGCGGGCACACUAUUUGGACUGGUCUGGCCGGGCGGGGUUUGACUGCUCAGCGGUCCUGAGGCGGAGAGGAGGCGGUAACUAGUGGACCCUAAUGCGUUAGCCCUGGACAGAAGGGAUAAGGGAGCCAGAGCGAGGGGCAGGGCUGCAGGCGACCUGCAAGGAUUUGAAGUUGCCGCGGCGAACGGCGCCAGGGUCCCGAAAGGUGCGACUCCAGCCGGAGGGAAGAGCGACAGCUCUAGUGGCCCUCCUCCUUUUGUGUCUCCGGGCAGGGUCCGCCCGCAGGCGGGGCUUGCGGAGGUCGGGCCGCGGGGUGACACCCGCGCCGAGGGCCCUCGGAUCUUCCUCACUCCGGGUUGCGGAGGCUCUGGUGAGGACCUGCCCCGGCUUAGGUCGCUGGGAAACUGCGCCCCGCGCCCCCAUUCCCCGUCGGAAGUCGGGGUUACAGUACUCCGCCACUGACCUGCACUCGUGCAGUCUGACCCGGCAGGGCUGCUCCUCCCGCUCAUGGUUGACAGUGCAGAGAGAAAGAACUUUGAGGGACAAUGGAUGCAAAAGCUCGAAAUUGUCUACUUCAGCAUAGAGAAGCUCUGGAAAAGGACAUUAAAACAUCCUACAUCAUGGAUCACAUGAUUAGUGAUGGAGUUUUAACAGUGUCAGAAGAGGAAAAAGUAAAAAAUCAGCCCACACAACAUCAACGAGCAGCUAUGCUAAUUAAAUUGAUACUUAAAAAAGACAGUUAUUCCUAUAUAUCAUUCUACAAUGCUCUACUACAUGAAGGAUAUAAAGAUCUUGCUGCCCUUCUUCAUAGUGGCAUUCCUGUGCUUUCAUCUUCCAGUGGCAAAGAUUCAAAUGGUGGAAUAACUUCAUAUGUAAGGACAGUGCUGUGUGAAGGUGGAGUACCACAAAGGCCAGUUGUUUUUGUUACUAGAAAGAAGCUGGUGAAUGCAAUUCAACAGAAACUCUUCAAAUUGAAUGGCGACCCAGGAUGGGUCACCAUAUAUGGAAUGGCAGGCUGUGGGAAGUCUGUAUUAGCUGCAGAAGCUGUUCGAGAUCAUUCACUCUUAGAAGGUUGUUUCCCAGGGGGUGUUCAUUGGGUUUCAGUUGGAAAACAAGACAAAUCUGGGCUUCUGAUAAAACUACAGAAUCUUUGCACACGGUUGGAUCAGGAUGAGAGUUUCCCCCAGAGGCUUCCACUUAACAUUGAAGAGGCAAAAGACCGUCUCCGCAUUCUAAUGCUGCGCAAACACCCAAGGUCUCUGUUGAUCUUGGAUGACAUUUGGGAUUCUUGGGUUUUAAAAGCUUUUGACAAUCAGUGUCAGAUUCUUCUUACAACCAGAGACAAGAGUGUUACAGAUUCAGUAAUGGGUCCUAAAUAUGUAGUCCCUGUGGAGAGUGGCCUCGGAAAAGAAAAAGGACUUGAAAUUUUAUCCCUUUUUGUUAAUAUGAAAAAAGCAGAUUUGCCAGAACAAGCUCAUAGUAUUAUAAAAGAAUGCAAAGGUUCUCCUCUUGUGGUAUCUUUAAUUGGUGCACUUUUACGUGAUUUUCCCAACCGGUGGGAAUACUACCUCAGGCAACUACAGAACAAGCAGUUUAAGAGAAUAAGGAAAUCUUCAUCUUAUGAUUAUGAGGCUCUGGAUGAAGCCAUGUCUAUAAGUGUUGAAAUGCUCAGAGAAGACAUUAAAGAUUAUUACACAGAUCUUUCUAUCCUUCAGAAGGAUGUUAAGGUGCCUACAAAGGUAUUAUGUAUUCUCUGGGACAUGGAAACUGAAGAAGUUGAAGACAUAUUGCAGGAGUUUGUUAAUAAGUCUCUCCUAUUCUGUGAUCGGAAUGGAAAGUCGUUUCGUUAUUAUUUACAUGAUCUUCAAAUAGAUUUUCUUACAGAGAAGAAUCGCAGCCAACUUCAGGAUCUACAUAAGAAGAUGAUCACUCAGUUUCAGAGGUAUCACCAGCUGCAUACUCUUUCCCCAGAUCAGGAGGACUGCAUGUAUUGGUACAACUUUCUGGCUUAUCACAUGGCUAGUGCCAAUAUGCACAAAGAACUUUGUGCUUUAAUGUUUUCCCUGGACUGGAUUAAAGCCAAAACAGAACUUGUAGGCCCUGCUCAUCUGAUUCAUGAAUUUGUGGAAUAUAGGCAUAUAUUGGAUGAAAAGGAUUGUGCAGUCUGUGAGAAUUUUCAAGAGUUUUUAUCUUUAAAUGGACACCUUCUUGGACGACAGCCAUUUCCUAAUAUUGUACAACUGGGUCUCUGUGAACCAGAAACUUCAGAAGUUUAUCAGCAAGCAAAGCUGCAGGCCAAGCAGGAGGUCGAUAACGGGAUGCUUUACCUGGAGUGGAUAAACAAAAAAACCAUCAAGAAUCUCUCCCGCUUAGUUGUCCGCCCCCAUACAGAUGCUGUUUACCAUGCAUGCUUUUCUGAGGAUGGUCAGAGAAUAGCUUCUUGUGGAGCUGAUAAAACCUUACAGGUGUUCAAAGCUGAAACAGGAGAGAAACUUCUAGAAAUCAAAGCUCAUGAGGAUGAAGUGCUUUGUUGUGCAUUCUCUACAGAUGACAGAUUUAUAGCAACCUGCUCAGUGGAUAAAAAAGUGAAGAUUUGGAAUUCUGUGACUGGGGAACUAGUCCACACCUAUGAUGAGCACUCAGAGCAAGUCAAUUGUUGCCAUUUUACCAAGAAGAGUCAUCUCUUAGCCACUGGGUCAAGUGAUUUUUUCCUCAAACUUUGGGAUUUGAAUGAAAAAGAAUGUCGAAAUACCAUGUUUGGCCAUACAAAUUCAGUCAAUCACUGUAGAUUUUCACCAGAUGAUGAGCUUUUGGCCAGUUGUUCAGCUGAUGGAACAUUAAAGCUUUGGGAUGUGAGAUCAGCAAACGAGAGGAAAAGCAUUAAUGUGAAGCAGUUCUUCCUAAAUUCAGAGGACCCUCAAGACGAGAUAGAAGUGAUAGUGAAAUGUUGUUCCUGGUCUGCUGAUGGUGCUAGAAUAAUGGUGGCAGCAAAAAAUAAAAUCUUUCUUUUUGAUAUUUAUACCAGUGGCCUGUUGGCAGAAAUCCACACAGGCCAUCAUAGCACCAUCCAGUACUGUGACUUCUCCCCUCAAAACCAUUUGGCAGUGGUGGCUUUGUCCCAAUACUGUGUGGAGUUAUGGAAUGUAGACUCAUGUGUAAAGGUAGCUGAUUGCAGAGGACAUUUAAGUUGGGUUCAUGGUGUGAUGUUUUCUCCUGAUGGAUCAUCAUUUUUGACAUCUUCUGACGACCAAACAAUCAGGGUCUGGGAGACAAAGAAAGUAUGUAAGAACUCUGCUAUAGUGUUAAAGCAAGAAGUAGAUGUUGUGUUUCAAGAAAAUGACGUGAUGGUCCUUGCAGUUGACAAUAUGAAACAUCUGCAACUCAUUAAUGGAAAAACAGGUCAAAUUGAUUACCUGACUGAAGCUAAAGUUAGCUGCUGUUGCUUAAGCCCACAUCUUCAGUAUGUGGCAUUUGGAGAUGAAGAUGGUGCCAUUGAGAUUUUAGAACUUCUAAACAACAGAGUCUUCCAGCCCAGGGUUGGUCACAAGAAAGCUGUACGGCACAUCCAGUUCACAGCUGAUGAGAAGACUCUCAUUUCAAGUUCAGAUGAUUCUUCAAUUCAGAUAUGGAAUUGGCAGUCAGAGGAAUAUGUUCUUCUGCAAGGCCACCAGGAAGCAGUGAAAGACUUCAGGCUUCUAAAACAUUCAGGAUUGCUUUCUUGGUCAUUUGAUGGAACAGUGAAGGUAUGGAAUACUAUUACUGGAAAAAUGGAAAAAGACUUUGUCUGUCACCAGGGUACAGUACUUUCUUGUGAUAUUUCUUCUGAUGCUACCAAGUUUUCAUCUACCUCUGCUGAUAAGACUGCAAAGAUCUGGAGCUUUGAACUCCCUUCUCCUCUACAUGAGUUGAAAGGCCACAAUGGCUGUGUACGCUGCUCGGCCUUCUCUGUGGACAGUUCCCUGCUGGCAACUGGAGAUGACAAUGGAGAAAUCAGGAUAUGGAAUGUCUCAAAUGGCGAGCUUCUUCACUUGUGUGCUCCAGUUUCAGUAGAAGAAGGAGCUGCUACCCAUGGAGGCUGGGUGACGGACCUUUGUUUUUCUCCAGAUAGCAAAAUGCUUGUCUCUGCUGGAGGAUAUCUUAAGUGGUGGAAUGUCGAGACGGGGGAAUCCUUACAGACCUUCUACACAAAUGGAACUAAUCUUAAGAAAAUACAUGUGUCCUCUGACUUCAAAACUUAUGUGACUGUUGACAAUCUUGGUAUUUUAUAUAUUUUACAGAUUUUAGAAUAAAAUGGUUUAGAAUUAAUGUAAGUUAAAGUAUUUUAAAUUUUGCAUUGGAAAAAAAUGAUAAACUCUGUAUUAUCAACUUUUUGUAAAGCUGUGAAUUGUUUUGCAGGUUUGCAUACAUUACAAGUGUUUGUGGUUGGAUGAAUAAUAUUAGUGUAGCUUUUUCCCAUGUGAACACACCUUUAAUCUUAUUUUUUAUCAUUAUCAUUAAUAAUUUGUCCUUAAGAUGCAAAUGAAAAUGUAAAUAUGUACCUUGUUGCACUGUUAGUAAAAUUUGUUCGUGAUGCAUUCAAAUUAGUUGUCAUAAUUAAUGAGAAUAAUUUGAAGGAUCUAUAUUUAUUUAAUAUUGUCAUUAUGCAGGCUGUGCCUCAGGGUGACAGUGGCCUGUUUUCUGAACCACAGCUACCCCCAGGGGGUAUAGUUCUCCCAAAUACUAUCUUGGAGGUUAUUUGUACUCCUUAAAUUUGCUUUAAAAAUACUGUGUCUGUGUGCACACUCUGAAACACUUCCUUUAAUUAACUCAAUAAGUGAGUGUUGGAUUUUAUCAGUUCUUUCUAUGAAGCAAAAAUUAUGUGUUAGAGAGUAGAGUUCAUGGGUUUCCCUUUUUCUCCCCGUAGCUAAAGGCAGCUCGCCAUAACUGGACUCUAGUGGUCAGUAUUGAGUGGGUGCUAUCCUACUUUCUGUGGCUUUUUUACUUCUUAAGUGACUGAACUUGGCCUUUCUUGAUCUUCACUUUAUUCCUUUUAAAGCUGUUCUUCCCUAGUUAAAUGUUAGUAAAUCAGAUUAAUUAAGGAUGGAGCAAUUUUAAUCACAAGUUUUAAUAAUACUUUCCUAAGAAAUGUGAAAUAGUAAAGAAUAAUUUUCUUCUAAUUGCAUUUUACUUUUAGGUAAAUGGUGUUGUUAGAGCUGUUUUCUUUGUGAAUUUCAAGAGACUUCUUUCUGAUUUUCUGUGCAGUUCUAGAAGGGUCACUGUCAGUCACUUUGGAAGCUUUUACCUUUCAGCCAACCUUUCUCCUCCUGUCCCUCCUUCCCUCCCUGCCUUCCUUUACUUUCCAUCCUCUCUUGUACCAUCCCUUUCUCUCUCCCCCUUCUCUGUGAAGUUAAUCAGGAAAUGCAGGGAUUUUUUUUUUUUUUUUUUUAGAUGGGGCUUGCUAUGUUACCUGGGCUGACUUUGAACUCCUUGGCUCAAGUAAUAAUCUUCCUGCCUCAGCAGAGUAGCUGAGAAAAAUAGCUUUGGACAUGGAGAAAGUUCACCAGCAUCUAUAGCUGGCUAUUUUUUUUUAACCUCCUGAUUAGGAACUUUAAAGUUUAAAUCUUUAAUUUUUAGUUAAACUUUAACUAAAGUUUAAACGUUAUUAUGGGCAUUGGACGAAAAUUUAUAACAGAUGUGGUUUUCAUAUAAAAGUAAUCAAAAUUCAAAGAUUUUUUUUUCUAUUACAGAAAUAAUAAGUCAAAUGAAUAUUAGUAUACAAUAGUAAAAUUAUAUAUAAGCAACAAACCCAUUUCUGCUGGUGGUGCAUAUUAAUAGAUGAUGUGUGGAUAGAAGGAUGUGUUUUAGAUUAGACAUUCAUAUAUAGCAUUUGUGGAAACUGUAAAUACAAUACAGUAAAUAAAAUCUUUUACAUUAUUAAGGAAGUUUUUUGUGUUUGAACAGGUUGAGGAACUAGUUUAUAGGCAUACUAUGAUUUAAGCAAAUGUGAUAAGUGAAAAAUCUUAAUUUUAUAAGAAAUUUUGGUAAAUAAUGUUUUGCUUAGAAUGUCCAAGUUUUAAUUUGAUUUUCAUGUUUAAGGGCUCAUCUCAUCUAUAGCUCAGAAUAUGAAGAAUUGACUUUUGGAGUUAAAAGCCACUUGACUGCUAAUGUAUAACAGCAAACAUCAACUUUUUAUGUCUCAAUUGAGCUUUGUCUUAAUAUUUAAAAGAAACUAAAAAGGAAAAUGGGAAGAUGAGAUAAUGUGAGGAAAGGAGACACCUGCGACGUACAUUGCAGCUCGUGGAGUUGGUCAUGAGGGGGAUUCGGUUGUAGCUGCAGAUGAACAUUUUUAAACAUUUUCCCUGAUAUGUUUUUUGUAUGUGAAAUUACAUUGGACUUUGUAUAUGUAAAGAUGUUUUUAUAUUGAAUGUUUUUAUAUUGAAUGUGUAUGUUUUGAAACCUGUUACUUACAUGAUUUUCUUUUUUUUUUUUUGC